AUGAAGCUAUUAUAUGCAGCAACAGCUCUCUACCUUUUGGCUCGUGAAAAGCUAGUUGGAGCUAUAGCCACACAAAAUGAUCAUACCGCACAGUUCUGCUUUACACGAUACAGCUCCGAGAGCGUAUCUUCUAUUUCGACUACAACACGCACAAUCAAGAUUCCAUCAUAUACUAUUUCUACAUAUCAUCCAGGAGAGAUGAUAACAGUUACGCCCCCGCCGACAGUAACCACCACUACUUCUAUUUCCGUAGCCACGUCUACGCAAAUUGGAGGAGCUACCCAAACUGUCACAAGCAAUGUUAUCUCUACUGGCACGGUUAUCCAGACAACAAUCCUAUUUGAAACAACAGAAGUUGGUCCUACUGUCACUAUAACAGCCGCACAAUCAACUUUAACUGUCCCUGCAUCUUCUGGAUUUCUUCCUCUGGCAAACGACCCUUAUGUGAUAGCCAAUGGAGGGGCUGGAGGGGCCACCAAGAAGCGUAGAGAGGCCAACAUACACUCAGAGGUCAGUAUUUGGAUGACAAAUGAUCAAGAAAUAAAUUCACUAACCAGAAAUACACCCUCUAAGCCAACCAGCCCCAAUAACCGCCGUUACCCCUACCAUCAUCCUCACCAAGCUGCUAAUCCAGAGCUGGCUGAUUUUUCAGCUCCUGAUCCUAAGGAUUUCGAUAUUAAGGUUAAGCCAAAAAGGGUUACUCAAACACAAAUAAUCACUCUUCAGUCACAAAGAGGAGAAACUACAACUUUGCCUCCGGAAGUUGCAACUUCCGUCAUACUGUCAACAUCAACACAGUUCAUUACAUCGGCACCAGCUACCACUACUACAACAGUUGUCCAGAUCGAAAAUGUAACCUCAAUAACCACCGAGAAGGAUGUGAUCACUCAUAGUUCACCAACUACAACAACCACAUUCCCACCACAAGCUACAAUAUAUGAUAUGUGCCAGGAGAACAACAUAGUAGCAACCGUAGGAGGGGCUACCAUCGACUACUCCCUACCUAGCUAUGGUGAAUCCAGUCUUCAACUUCACUGGACAUGUAUCGCGGAUCCUUAUGUGAAACCAUAUAACUGCUGUGCCAUAUGUGCACAGUCAUCUACAUGUGUUGGAUAUUACUACAAUACAGAUACAACGGCCAAUCCUGGUCCUGCAGUGACUUGCUUCACUCAUGAAGCGACAGAUGGUGUUUGCGAUCCCUCUGGACUUCGCUACGUCUUCCGUGCAGAUCCUAAGCGUAACACUCUAUCUCCUGAUAUAGUCGGAAAUGGAAAUUGCGGUAAAGGACAACUUGAUAAUGGGGCUAGACCAACGCUGGAUGGUAAAUCGUGA